AUAUUUAACAACAUUUUUGCAAAUUUCUAGAAUAAUAGUAAUGAUUAUAGUGUUACUAUGAUACAGUAUAUAAUAAAUAUACAUAGUUUGUGGUAAAUCAUAACAUGAGUGACCGGGGACAUUCCAAAGUUUGUGGUGUUUGUGGAUAUACAGCAAUGGGCAAAAACUUCGGCGCCUUAUCGUGUGAGCCCUGCAAAGCCUUUUUCCGACGAAAUGCUCUCAAAACUACUCUCAAAUGUCAUUUCGACAAUAACUGCAAAAUUAAUGAAAUCACGCGAAAGUUUUGCACAAAGUGUCGAUUAGAGAAAUGCCUGGCCAUUGGAAUGAGGCGGGACUGGCUAUUAAAUGAAGAGGAACGGGAUAUGAAAAGACUUAGGAUAUUAGAAAACAAAAAGAAAAAGGGAAAUAGUUUUAAUAGUAAUACUAGCGAUGAAAGUCCCAAAUCAUUGAUAGACAGGUCACCGGAAGCAUUGCAUGAAAAUCACAUCUCAAACACCAUUAAUACCACAAAUAGUGAUAUAUUAUGUGAAAUACUCGAUGACAACAAUUUUAGUGCCGAUGCUCUCAACCGACAGAUUAUGGACAUAGAGUGCAUUCUUGACAAUGGUUUCAAUGAGAAAAAUAGUUUUGAAAACACAAACAAUUUGUUAAAUGAUCAACAAAUUAGUUGUUAUAAUAAUUGCAAUGAAAUUACUUCACAAACGGAUUACGAAGUGUCAAACGAGACGAUCGAAAAGGCGGUCGAGUUUGCCGUUUCAGUGAUACCUAUAGCCAGACCUCAACGGGAAUUCAACACUGGUUUCAAUGAAAAGGAAAUUUAUUUAAUGAAUGAAUUGAUGAGAUGGUCUCAGUUUAUGUGCACUCCUCACAUAAGUUAUGUCAGAUCAAUCACAGACCUGACAAAAACAGUGAAAGGGUUGUCCGCAUUCAGGGAUAUUUGCUGUGAGGACCAGAUCUCACUACUGAAGUACGGGUGCUUUGAAGUCAUAUUCUUGCGGACUAUCGUGUAUUUUGAUUGCACGGAUAAUACGCUCAAACUUCCUUUGAUGUCGUCAAUAAUUCUGUUCAAUCCGGAUCAUCCUAACCUUGUUAAUAAAGAUGUCAUAAAAGAGGCUCAGAGGAAGAAUACAAUGGAAGACACGCCGAAGACAUUGAUUCCACCACUUCUGGAGGAGGUCUUUGAUAUGACACCUACUUGA